UGCAUUUUGUGAGAGAUGUUUUCUUACAUUUAUUUUGUAUUUGUUGUUUCAGAGGUCCAUGUACCACCAACCACUCAGGACUCAGAUUCUCUCUGCAAUGGAUCUGUGAUCCCAGAGGAGCAAAGGGCAUCCAACGAGCCUUCAGAUUCUAUUCCGCUCCAAAGUAUCUGCAAUGGAGCUGGUUCAUAUAAAUCCGUACCCACCAAGGAAGAAGACAACAACGUUAUAGAGGUCCAUGUACCACCAACCACUCAGGACUCAGAUUCUCUCUGCAAUGGAUCUGUGAUCCCAGAGGAGCAAAGGGCAUCCAACGAGCCUUCAGAUUCUAUUCCGCUCCAAAGUAUCUGCAAUGGAGCUGGAAAGGCAUCAGAGAUUUCAUCCAACAAUGACCUGACGACUUCUACAUCCCCAGAGGCCGGCAAGGAAGCUGAUAUCACAUCGGAGAUGGGUCCAGAAUCCCCCCAGGAUUCAAUCACUCCAGAGACCGGCAAGGAAACUGAGAUCACAUCUGAUGUGGUUGAGAAGUCUGACGAGAACUCAACGACUCCUGCUUCCCCGCCAGCAGCCAGGAAACAGGUGACCUGGCAACGAAGCCACCCGACCAAGAACAAACCAACCAAGAGCCACCAGCAGCUGAACAGGAAGCAGAUGAUGCAGGAGAUCUCGACGAACACUAAAGUAUUUUCAGUUCUUUUGUUCUGUAACUAAAAUAAUAAGAGUCUGCUCUAUGUCAAGAUGUUACAGUCAAGACGUGUGAAUGUGUAGACAGAUGACUACUCCUGCAAGACCAAGUUUCAGGAUGUUCUUUUUAUCUCUGAUGUUUCAUUAGUACUUCAUGCAGUGUGUCUGUAAAGUCUUCCUGUUCAGGGAUCACAACGAUGAAGGAGGGACAUGUAAACAAAUAGCUGCUGUUUGGUCACACCUUCAACAUUUCAAAGUCACUUUAUGUGUUUCAGGAGCACAGAGUCAUAGGAGUGUCCUGCUGCUCUAGUCCAGUGCAACAUGAUUGUAAGAGUGUGGUCAAAAUGUAGUUAUCAGAUGUAGGGUAGUUGUUCAUAUGAAGAAGGCAAAGGGUGACACGAAGUACUUUGAAAGGUCUUAGAACACAUCUGCCACUGUUUCAAGACAAACACAUUCAAUAAGUGACCUUUGUGUUGAGCUGAAACAUCAAGUUAUUUAUAAAUCUUGCACACUUCCACUUCUUCCUCUUUUGGGAUAAAAAAGACUUGUGCUCCUUCUAACGCAAACCUCACAGGCAGUGAUCUGCUCUUUAUGCAAACUGACUCGUUCAAAUAUCAACAUCAUGCAGGGCUUUCUGACAGCUGUUUUUAACAUGAUGAGUGAAUAUAUUUUCUUCUUUUAGUAGUUUAUGGGACGUUAGCCCUCUGUACAUAGACCUCACGAGUCACGACAUAACUGCUAGGCUAUCAGUGCUCCUUACAACAGAUUAUCAUCAGCAAAAAACAUCUGCAGGUUUUAUUCCAACUGAUCUGACUCCUGAAGUUACUCAUUUUAAAUCAUCCUCAGUGAGUGUUUUGGUCAGAUUGUGGCUGAAACAAAGAAAAGGGACUGUUUUGAUAUCUUUGUGAUUCCUUUAAAUUUUGAUAUCACCACCAAACCUCAACAUUUCAUAGCAUUUAUUAACUGCCUUUUUACAAUGUAGAACAUGAAUUAUUACUUGUUUUUUGUAGCAACAGAAACAAGCUCCAGGUGCUUCGUCCCUUAAAGUGACUGUUUCUAAACUUGAAUGGUGCAAAAAAGAACUGAGACAAACAAUCAGCCUCCUCCGAGGGCGCAGUGUAAAUCAGAUCCCUGUUGCAACUUGAAUAUUUAUCAGGUCUUAGUCAAUGUUUUAUUUUGCACCAAAGGCCAACACCUUAAGUCACUUUGAAAAGCCAAAGCCCUUUUGAAUCUUUAGUAUGUAUCUGCAGCUGCAUUUGUCAUUUAAACUUCAGAAAAACAAAACAAAAACAGAUUAUCAAAAGUCUUAAAUAGCAUCUAUUUUUCCUACUGCAGGAACAUUAUUAUUGGCAGGAGUAUUCCAGAGUUUGUUGCACUUACAGGCAUUUAAUAAUGUAAAAAAUAUAUAUAUAUUUAUGAGGAUUGUGUUUAGAUUUUGUAAGGUAAACACUUUUUAGAUGCUAGCAUGCCAAAAAGAAGAAUUGUAUAUUUUUGAGGUAAAGAAAUUAAAUAUCUGUGUUCCACGAGGGAGGCAUUUUAGUCGCCACAACAGCGUGACAUAUUUUCAUAAAGGGAAGAAGACAACCUAUUUAAAUUAUAAAAGAUCAUUCAUGUAUGUUCUGCUUCCAAAAAAUGUAUUGCAAAGUGAAAACAUGCUACCCCCAGCUGUAUUUCCCCCACAGUAUUUAUCUUCUAUCUGCUGCUGUAGUUUCACUGUUGACCACUAGAGGGCAUCAUACAGCUACUAUGAAAAAACUGUCAGUUCUUUAUGGACUGCUGGUAAAGAUGGUCGACACACUGACUGUUUAAUGUUUCCUUUUUUUGAAUCCCUUCAUUAACAUGAAUCAGUUUGGUGUUUUUCUACCACACCUGCUUUAAAUUAGUGAAACAGAAAAAUCAUGGAAACGAUUGUUCAAUCUCUCAUCUCUCAUCAACUGGAAAGAAAUACUUCCUAUGUUUUUCUAUGAUGUAGAAGUCUACUAACGCAGUUAAUAAUAAUGUGCCAUCUUUAUAGACAGUCUAUAAGGCAAUUCCAUGAAUUGAAUGUAAAUAGUUUUUUUUAUGUUUUUAGCUACUGAGGUUUCAUUGGUAGAAUGAGGAUUGUUUGCUUUUCUCUUUUCUUUAAAUUAUGAUCCUGUCUUGUAUAUAUUGAGUUAGCAUAUUUAAGUCUUUGUAGAUGGUUACUAAUUUAUGUUUGAGAUCUGUUACAAUGUGAUCUGUUACAAUGUGUCCCAAGUCCAAACUGAACACUAUUUCUAUUCAGUAUGUUUUAAAUACUGUUUUUCAACGAUUUAGCAAUAAAAACACGUCACCACUUUACAAUAACAUGUGCAACGCCAGGCUUCCAGAAAGUACUCUAACAGAGCGAUGGAUUCAUCAUGUUUGUUUUUAACACUUUUUAAAUGUAUUAUUUCCCCCACAUGAGCAGCUUCUGCAGCUUCUUUGUGACCUUUUCUUUGUCAAAAACACUCCAAAUUAAACCCUUUUUAAAACGGCUGCAGACUUAAUUGAGGUGACGUUUUUAGAUUCUUGAACAAACUUUGCAGAAAACCUGUGCUGUAUGGAUUUGGGACUUGGAGAAUAAUGUGUGUGAUCUAAAGUGUAACAGUGCUUGAAAACAACACUUUGGUAAAUAAAGCACAAAGCGUGUUGUUGA